AUUUAACUUUUAUUCCGUUCAAAUUGGUUUCAAAAUAUAAUUAAUUCAACUCCACCAAGUGUGCUAAGUUAACCCAAGUUAGAAAUUGUGUGAUGUCUCCUGAAGCUGCUCCCCACAGUCCGAGAUCUGACCCGGGUAUGGUUCACAGUAGAUACCCCAGUACCUCGGAGUACCCUCUAGGAGCUGACGAGAGAUUCGCUUACAAAAACCGCCGCAAGGACCAGCGUAAGAAGCCAGCUUUCCCUAAAAGUGGAGGACCAUCUAUUUUAGUUUACGUUAAGGACGACCCCCGCAAGAACUCCAACAAGAAUAUGUACCAGCACUACGGUCUUCUACCCCACCUACCUUUUCUACCUCCAGUUCCGUCCAAUCAGGGAUUUGAUCCUCUCCGAAUGCCUUACAUAAAUCCCAGUCUGAUGAUGUUCCCGCCUCUACCUCCUCUACCCCCACAUCUCCUACAGAACCCCUUCCCUCAACAGAGGCAACGAACCUACUCGAGUCCAACCCUACCAAAUUACAGCAGCACCCAAGCCAACUAUACUACCCAGCAAAUGCCAAACUUUACACCCACUCCAACCUUUACUUUUGCUUCCAACUACACUACCACCCCUAACUCUGUUCCACAAACUACAAGUGCUUCAGUCUACCCUCCGGGAACUAACCCUGCUUUUGAGAUGCCAGCUCCCACAGGUACCAAAACUGACACAAAUCAGUUCAACCCGUUCCCGACAACGCUCCCUUGCACCAUGGCUUACCACUUACCCACCCCUUACUACACUCUCCCUACUGGACCGGUUACCGGUCAGAGGACGCCUCAGCAGAAUCCUCUUCCACAGAACCCUCUUCCACAGAACCCUCUUCCAGGACAACUGGACCAGAAUCCGUAUGUUGCUCAAAGCAGGAUGACAAACUCUACCUCUGGCUCUAAGACUAAAUUCAGCCCACAAUACUCUCCAGCACAGAUCCCGGUAAAGACAGGUCAGGUGGAUUCCAGUACUCAAUCCAGCCCCCUCUCUGCCGAACAGUUCCAGGACUCUAGUCCUGUUACCAACCAGCCACCUUCCUAUCCCAAUGCUUACUCUGCAAAGUGCAACUGUGAGCAGUGUCAAAGUUCUCCAACGGGAAGUGACUCCAGCAUUUCUACAAACGACAGUGGGUACAUAGAGGGCGGGAAAAGUUUCUCUGCUUUUAAGGACGACAGCGGAGAGAGACCACUGCUAUUCUGUGAUCAAAACAACCCCACAUUCUCCCUGGACCCGGCUUCUCUAUCUCACUACAUGGGGAUGGCACGUCGAGAGAACAUUGACCGGAACGAGCACUUGUUCCUGGACGAAAAGAGACAGAUCCGCAAGAAGAUCCCUUGCAGGAACCUAAGUCAGACAGGAGUGUGUCAGUUCGGUGAAACGUGCUGGUUCAACCACCAGCUCUACAAUAACUAAGAGGAAGAAACUUUAUUCAGAAGAGAGACUUUGUCGGUGAUAUUGGUAAUUUUAUGAUAUCGUUUGUAGUAUUACAUACUUAUAUUUAUUAUUUAUUAUUUAUAGGGUUUGUGCUGUUUAAAUAAGGAAUAAAAUAUUUUUUAGUUCCAAAAUGGCUUGUAAGACUUUGACUUUAAAAUGUGUAUUUUAUGUGAAUUUUGAACUUGUAUCCUAAAUUUUCCGUGCUUUUCGAAAUUCAAAACUGCUUAAAUUUCUAGAGUGUCUAAUAUUAUUAUUGCCAACAAUUUAACUGACUUAUAUUUGAAUAUUUAGGUUUCUAUUGAAAUUUAUCUUGUGAUCUUGGGUGAGGUCUAAGUGGCCAUUUAUUAUUUAUUCUAUUUUAAUAUUCAGAUUUCAAAAGAUAACUUAUUAAAUUUGAUUAUUUAUUUGAAUAUUUAACUUUUCAAUUUAUAACUUAUUCAAGCAAGCUAUUUGUUGAUGGGUUAAAUUUAACAUUGAUUUGUAAAUCAACUAGCUAUUCUUUAUGUAGGAGUGUUUGAAAAAUUCCGGCCGGAUUUCCUAUCGUAUGUUUUGACUUUAAAUUGAAUCAUUGACUCCAUUUAUUUACUGAUGGUAAUAUUUUACAGUUGAGUUUCCAU